GGUUAACCAUUCAAAGCGAGUGAAGCGCCAUUGGCAAUACUCUCCUUGGACUUUUAGCGGGAAGUGUGCACAACCUGUGAUAACCGUGUAACUCGUAACCCAAGAAAGCUGCUACUAAAGCUCACCAUCGACCACUAUACGUGACCCAUCACCGACACAGUCUAAACAGUGUACGGACCAAAGGUGGUAGCCACCCAUCGCGAUGUAACCUAAUUGCCAGAGUAAUCCCAAGUACCAAACUGCUCUCUGCCGCCCGUUCCCUCCGCAAAGAGUGCGCGCACCGAAGGACACGCUGGUAGCCGGGCAGCAGGUGGCCAAUUGAUGUAUUCGCCUCACCGCCACGAGGAUGAUGAUGAUGGACAUGGGCAUGUACGGAACUUACGGCAAGCCUGACUCAUACCCCAACUACGUGUGCACGGGUCAAGGGAAUCAUCAUCAUCAUCAGCCCGUGUCCGUCGGUGGACACGUGCCAGUCCCGGCCUCGCCGGAACUCGCUCCGGCCCACUACUUCCCUCAGACCGCGGUGUCGCCUUACUCUUCCUCUUCGUCGGAGAGCUUCCUAGCGGCAGAGUCCGCCGCGUCCUCGGGCACGCCUCCGCAGGGCUUCUACUCGCCGUCGGCAGCCGUCCUGCACGAGGACGGUUCCACCACCGCGAUCAUCUCCUCCGAGAAUGGCCUGAGCUACACGAACCUAGACUACGCUACGUCCUCGGCCACGUCGUCCUACACCGGCCAACAGCACCAGCACGCGAACGGGUCGCACGGAUCGGUGGACCCUCACCAGAGUUACCACGUCCAACAGGCAGCCUACAGAGACGACCAUCAUCACCAUCACCAUCCCGCUUCAUCCUCGGGGAACGGUCUUCAUCAGGGCUCGAUGAUGACCGCUGGCCACUCGAGGACGGAGCACGAGCAGCAGUUGCAUCAUCAGUCUUCUAGUCAUCACCAUCACCAUCACCACCAUCACCACGAGCCCGACUACCAGCUACCAGUCGCUGGAACCACCAACUAUCUCCACCAGCUGCCAACCACGGAGGACUCGCUCCACUAUCACUCCCAAAUCCGACAGAACGACUACACGGGACACCCGGCUGGUCAUUAUAAAGAGGAAAACCCGGACCCAUCGUGCUAUCACGUGCUCCAACAGACGGGACACCCUCAGCAUCCGCAUCAGCACGGACACCAUCACCAGCAGCACCCUCACGGACACCAUGCUCCGCCGCCGCAGCAGCAGCAGCAGCAGCAGCAGCAACAGCCUCACGUGCCCACGUACAAGUGGAUGCAAGUGAAGAGGAACGUACCCAAACCCGUCGCAGCAAAGACAAACCCAAGCGUGGGUGAAUAUGGCGGAAACACAGUUGGGGGUGGAAAUGCAUCCCCCUACGUGACAGCGGCGAACGGUCCUGUAAGCUGCCUUACCGGCGGACCCAUGGCCGGUAUUGCAGGUAGCUUCAACAAUACCGGCCGGACUAACUUCACGAACAAGCAACUCACGGAACUCGAGAAAGAAUUUCACUUCAACAAGUACCUGACCAGAGCAAGACGCAUUGAAAUCGCGUCAGCGUUGCAAUUGAAUGAAACGCAAGUGAAGAUUUGGUUCCAGAACAGAAGAAUGAAGCAGAAGAAGAGAAUGAAAGAAGGUCUAAUACCGGUAGAGAAUACGACUGUAGCGCCGCUCAGUGGCGCCAGGAGUUCGAGUAAUUCGCCAACUAGUUCUUCGAGUCAUGAAACUAGCGGUCUUGGCUUAUCUAGUUUUACGAGCGACAAUAGUCGGGAAUCCCCACCCUCGUCUUCAAAAGAUUGACGCGUC